GACUUUGUGUAGCUAGCCUUGUGGCGCGGGGUUAUCAAAAUUUUCGAGUAAUAAAUUAGCAGUUAUCAUCUGACAGGCUACACAGAAACAAUCCCAUUUCUACAAUCCGUUAUUUUGGUCACCAAUUGACUUGGAUAUUUUAUACUUUGGCAUGUCGAUGUCUAACGGAGAUUAUGUUCGGAUACCACUUUCUGGGAGUUUUGAAGAUCAAGUGGACCAAGAACUUCAAGGGACUUUAGAACAUAAUACUAACAUUGAAAGUCCAAAAACGGAAUCAAGCCUGGGUCCUUUCAGCUUUAAGUUCUACCAACAGUACUUUGAUGUUGAUACAAGUCAGGUUCUGCAUCGUCUUGCCUCAGCAUUCAUACCUAAUCCGCGUAUAAAUUUCAUUCAACAUUCUCUAAAACCUCGAGCUGAUCUUUAUGGUCCAUUUUGGAUUUCAACCACGUUGAUGUUAGCUGCUGCCAUCGGGGGGAAUAUAUCCAACUAUUUGCAGUCACGUCGUGAGGUAUCUUCAUGGCAUUAUGAUUUUCAGAAAGUUACGCUGACAUCAACUAUCAUUUAUGUGUAUUGGUGGCUAACACCAUUGCUGUUGCAUGCAGUUAUGCACAUUCAUCGUAAAAACAAGAAACCCCAGUCAAACGAUGCUGAAAGCGAUCUCACUGACCUAUUGGAGCGUUCCGACACUGAUUCAUCAUCAUUUCAUAAUGUGAAAAGUGCAAAUAAAUUCUUCGAUGUUCUGUCGACCUAUGGUUAUUCAUUAGCAGUUUUCGUUCCUGUUGCAAUUUUAUGGACAAUUCAGAUUGGUAUACUACAAUGGUUAUUGUUCUUAGUUGGAAUAGGAAUUUCUGGGGCAUUCCUAGUAUUUGCUUUAAUGCCUAGUAUACGCAAAGAAUAUCCAAAGCUUGCAACACCAAUAAUGAUCAUUAUAAUUGUAGUACAUUUUGGGUUUUCAUUAGCUCUAAUGAUUGCCUUCUUUCAUGGAUCUCCACCUGUACUAGAUCCUCUAUCUCAUACUGGUUAUAUACAUCAACAAAAUGUUUUGGAAAAUAAUAAACAAUUGUCAAAUAUCACUGUAUUAACUACUAAUAAGCCAGUAUAUCAUUAAUUCAUCUGUUAUUUUAGCUUGAGCACUGCUAUUUUAAGUAGGAAAUUUGUUAAACAACGGUAAUACUGUUAUUACUACUAACACUACUAUUAACUGUUAUAAACCUUUGUACAGGUGCAGUUGAUUCUUUUCUUUCUGUUUGUUUAUUACUGCUACUGUAUUGUACUAUCAUUUCCACAAUACAUAAAUGCAUGCAUAACACUGUGAUAUUCAUUGUGUUUCAUUUUUAUUUUAACUAUUUUCAAAAUAUACGGAUUACAUAGCAAUUGAGGUCACAUUUUCUAUUGAGUAGUUGAAAAUGAGUAAUUUAAUGACAGGAUGUUAUAUAAUUCAUUCGGAACAUUAUUAUUAUUAUUAUUAUUAU